AUGCCUCCAAGCUACAAAUUCUGCAAUGUGUUUGGUCAUAGUGUUAAAGGGUGUAAGCAUAAUCCUAAUUCUCAAGCUUCAACAAUGGCCUGGAGGAAAAAAGAUACUGUCACUCCAGCCACCACGGUUCUAGAAGUUGUUCAUCCUGAAGGAAAUCAAAUUUUAAAAGCUGAUGGUUCGAAUGUUUCUUUGAUCCAAUCAUUAGAGGAUAAUGUUACAGGAAACCAAAUUUUCAUAGGGGCGCAACAUUUAGUAAGUGAUUCUGAUAUCUCGGGUGAUUCCAUUAAACCAGAUUCCCCCACUGUCAUCAUUCAAGGAGCUUAUUCUGAUCUUAAUGUUAAUGCUGAAGAAAACCCGAAACUAACAGAUCAUCCAGGCAGUUCUGCUGAUUUCAUUCUGGAAUUGAAUGGUAGAAUUUGGUUUCUGUGGAGGAAUGGACUGGAUUUCUCCUUAUGCAAUGAAACAUAUCAGAGUAUCACUGUCAAAGAUCGGUUUAAAAAUGUUUCUUUCAUCAUCACCGCAAUUUAUGUUAGUAAUAACAGUAUUACUAGAAGACAACUUUGGCAAGAACUCCGACAUCUCGAUUCAAAUUUCAGUGAUAUACCUUGGCUCUUGGGAGGGGAUUUUAAUGACUUACAGUUACAUGAUCACCCUUACUUUGGUCCUACUUUCUCUUGGAGAAACAAACAAAGUGAAAAUUACAUUGCUCGAAAGCUUGACAGAGUUCUCACCAAUCCCAUUUGGUUCGAAUCUUUUCCUCACUCUUCUGUGGAAUUCUUAGCUCUUGGUCCUUCUGAUCAUUCUCAAGGCAAUCCUAUGAAGUCUUUAUUCUUAAAGCUUAAGCGUCUCAAAGUUAGCCUUAAACAGCUCAAUAAAGACUACUUCAGUGACAUCACAGCCCGAAGAGAGCUCAACUCUUUACAAGAAGUUGAGGCCAUGUUCUUAAAACAAAAAGCUAAAUUGCAUUGGCUUAAGGAGGGUGACAAAUGUACAAAGUUCUUUCACUCGAUCAUUGCUACUAAGAAUAAGAGACAGACUAUAAGGGUUCUUGUCAACAAUCGGGGGGAAAAACUAGAAUCUUUUGAUGAUACGUCUUUGGAGAUAUUAGAAUAUUUCAAAACUCUAUUAGGCUCCAAGGACCCUAAUGUUAUAGAAUACCCUCAUACACUUCUUAAAGAUCUGAUACAGCCUAUUCCUUCUUUUGAAGAAUCCGAAACUCUUAUCAAGGAAGUUACUAGUGAUGAGAUCAGAGAAGUUAUUUUUAGUCAAGGAAAUGAAAAAGCCCCCAGUCCCGACGGAUUUACUGCUCUCUUUUUCAAGAAAGCUUGGCCAGUGGUUGGUAAUGAUUUUAUUAAGGCUAUUAAGUAUUUCUUUCAAGAAUCUUAUAUCUACCCAGCCUUUAACGCAACCGUUAUUGCUUUGAUUCCAAAAAAGCCGAAUCCUAGCAAAGUUUCUGACUUCCGCCCAAUUUCAUGUUGUUCUGAAAUUGUUAAAGGAUAUGGGAGGAAGAACAUUUCGCCUAGAUGUGCACUUAAAAUUGAUCUUCAAAAGGCUUUCGACUCCAUCAAUUGGGACUUCAUUCAGGCUGUUCUUAAAGCUUUGGAUUUACCUCCUUUAGUCAUUGCAUGGAUUGUAUCUUGUUAUACAGAUGCUAUAUAUUCUAUUUCUCUCAAUGGAAGAUUGGUUGGAUAUUUCAAGGGAGCCAAGGGAAUCAGACAAGGAGACCCUCUAUCCCCUACGUUGUUCAUUCUGGUAAUGAAUGUCCAUUCUAAUAUUCUCAAUAAUGCUGCUAUCAGAUGGAUUUUUGCCUUUCAUCCUAAAUGCAAAAAAAUUAGACUUACUCACUUGUCAUUUGCUGAUGAUUUAUUAAUCUUUUGCAAAGGAAAUCUUGAGUUUAUUAUGGGUGUCAUUACUGUGUUGGACUGUUUCUAUGAGUACUCAGGGUUGAAGCUUAAUGUAAGCAAAUGCAAGAUUUUCACUGCUGGUAUUUCUGCUUAUAACCUUGAUUCUAUCAUCAACUAUUCUGGUUUUAAACAUGGCAGACUGCCUGUACGUUACCUGGGUGUUCUGCUUGUCACAAGAAAGCUAACUGACAAAGAUUGUCAAGCACUUCUUCAGAAUAUCAAGAGCAGACUUCAUCAAUGGUCUACGAAGAAAAUGAGCUAUGCAGGUAGCUUAUAUUACCUCAGUCCAUUAUCAAGAAGAUUGAACAAUUAUGCUCUAGAUUUUUCUGGAAAGGCUCGAACAUUCCUUCAUCUGGUGCAAGGGAAACUACUCGCGGGGGAAGGCUCUCUAUGGGUUGCGUGGAUCCAUAACUAUAUUAUUAAGCAACAAGAUUUCUUCACCAUGGAUGAAUACCCGAGUGCUACUUGGUCCUUCAGGCGAAUGCAGAAACUUAGAAGUGUUGCUCAAUCACUUCUGAUCACAACAACAAAAAGUACAAAAGAAAUAUGGGAAGUGAUCCGUCAUAAAGAUACUAAAGUCCAUUGGCAUAAAUUGAUUUGGUACCCUCUCCAUGUCCCGAAGUAUAACAUUAUUUCCUGGAUGGUAAUUUUGAAUUGCCUAUCAACGAGGGACAGACUGCAAAGAUUCAGGCUCGUUACCAGUGAUCUCUGUAUUUUCUGCUCGGAUACAAAGAAAACUAGAGACCAUCUAUUUACUGAGCACUCGAAGACUACUUUUAUUUGGAGAUCAAUCCUCCAACUGUCCGAUUUGAACACGCAUUUCUCAACAUGGAACAACCUGCUGGACUGGGCGAUCGCAUCAUGGAAAGGUAAAUCUUGGAUUUCUAGUAUUUUGAAGCUCUCAUGGUGCUCCUUCAAUUACACCAUUUGGGAAGAAAGGAAUAGAAGGAUUUUUAGAGGAAGUUGCAGAACUGAAGAAGGAAUUGUCAAUGCUAUUAAGGAUAUAGUUGGAUCCAUUCUAAGUAAUAGGGAUAUUAAUAGAAGAGAUAGCAGAAAUUUAGCUCUUUGUACUCAUUGGGGUAUAGACUAG